AUGUCAUCAUUAUUGCUAUUAGCUUUGCAAAUAUUUUUAAUCUUGGUAAAAGUUAAAUCUGCAGAGAACAAUGAUCCUGUAAUUAUUUGCGAGCCAAAUACUGCUUGUAUUUGCAGUAAUGCUAUUGUUACUUGUAAUAAUGUGAAAUGGACCGAAGAUGAAGAUGGUAACGAAAUUUUUGAACCAUUACGAACAAGUAACGUGAUUGUAAGGAGGAAAGACUUUUUCGUAGAAAAGGCUUUUUUUCAGUUUAAUGCCAUCAAUAAGCUUGAAAUGGACAAAAUUUUGCCUGCGCACGAGAAAACAAUCAAGGAAUUAGAUUUCUCGAAUAAUCAGAUUGAUGUAAUUGGUCCCUUCGCAUUCAAAAAAAUGGAAAAUUUAGAAAUUCUCCGACUUCGCUCGAACAAAUUGGACAAAUUGAGCAGUUUAUCAUUCGCUGAAGGUCCAAGUUGGAAAUUGCGCGAAUUGUAUUUGGAUAACAAUUUGCUCACCAACUUAUCAAAUGAUUUAUUUAAGAAACUAUCGAAUUUAGAAAAAAUUGUUCUCGAUGGAAAUCAAAAUUUAAUUAUAACGAGAGAUAUUUUUAAAAAAAAUUUAGACAAGUUAAGAACAUUGAGUAUGAAUGAUUGCAAUUUGAAGGAUUUGGAUGAAGAUUUGUUCGAUGAAUUAACAGCUCUUGAGAAUCUUUCAUUGCGAGGAAAUCCUUUUACGGAAAUUCCUCGAGCAGUUCAAGAUAUUCCAACUUUACGUACAUUCGAUAUGAGCUACACUCAAAUUACAGAAAUUCAACCGAACUCAUUAGCAUACAAUAAAAAAUUGGAGACUAUUAUAUUUCAAGGACUUUCUUAUCUUUAUGUUAUUCAUAGCUGUGCGUUUUGUGGAUUAAAAUCAUUAAAAGAUCUUCUUCUGACCAAUGCUACCAAACUGUAUCUAAUAGAAAAAGAUGCGUUUGGAACGAAUAAAAUGCGAUUACCUACCCUAACGAAUUUUGAUUUGGAAUUUGCUAAUCUCUCUUAUUUGCCUCACGAUUUGCUGGAUUUUCGGCACAUAAAAUAUCUAAAAUUAGGUGGUAAUCCAUGGGAUUGCUCAUGUACUAUGGCAUGGCUUCUCGAAUUUGGUUUAGAUUUAAACCAAGGUUCUAGAACUCCUGAGUGUCACUCACCGAUGACUCUAAAAAAUCGGCAUCUCAACUCCAUGACUCUUCGUGAGUUUUGUCCUUCGCAUCUUAUUAACAAAUUGGUUAUUUCAUUAAUUAUCGUAUUUAUUCUUUCAUUAAUUUUUGUUCUCACUUAUUAUGCCAUAAAAAAUUAUCAUUUUCGUAAUGUUUUAUAUCGAGUACCAUUACCACAUAUUGGUUAUAGUAUUUUGGAUAAAGACGAAGAAAAAAAUCAAAUGGUAAUUUAUAUUAAUCCUAUGAAAGAAAUUUAA